UACACAAGCUUAAGAGAAGAAGAGACCUUUCAUGUGAAAGCUGGGGAUUUUGCAGCAAAACAAUGGCGAAGUUUGAGUAUUUAAAUACGUUGUUUACAGAUCGCCUGCUCGCUGUUGCGGGAGAAUUAUUUCAAGCUGUCACAGAUGUUAUUUCCGAGUACCAGAAGGAAACAGACCGAACCAAACAGGAAAACAUGGUCCUGAAGAAAAUGCUCAAGGCACAGCGAUUGGCGAGCGACCGAGAUGGUUCAACUAAUGAAGCCGUUCCCCAGAAGCUGCCAAACAUUUCCCAUGGACCCUUGGAUUCAGAUUCCUCAGUUAUACAAGUAAAGGUUGAGCUGUCCACAACAAAGCAGGAUAUCGUGCCCCCGGAACCUAUAAAUGAUCCCAUCACAGUGACUUCACCACACUGUUUCUCAAAAAAGACUACAAGUGAGGACACAAAGGACGAUUUUUUCAAUGAUCAUUUAGAAAUCAAAAUCAAAUCCGAGCCGAUGGACUCCCAGAUCGUCAUAUCCAAUGACUCAAACCCCCCCAUGCAAAGUGAAAGUACAAGUGACUGUAAUUUGGAAGGUGAAAGAGAUGAUCAAGGUCUUGAUCUUUCUUCACAUGACGAACAACAAAAUGAGACAGUUGAUAGAAUUGUUUACUGUCAGUAUUGCGGAAAGCCUUUCAGAAACCGCGGCCAAAUGAAAAGGCAUAUGGUUGUGCAUCAGAAAGACAGGCCAAGGCCAUAUUGCUGUGACCUUUGCGGAAAGUGCUACUCCUAUGCACAAGUGCUUGAGGUCCACCGCAGGACUCAUACAGGGGAAAGGCCAUAUCACUGUAAAUAUUGCGGACGGCGUUUUAAUCAGAAAGGACACUUAAAGGAGCACGAAAGAAUUCACACCGGUGAAAAGCCUUUUGGGUGUCCGAUUUGUGGGAAACGAUUCAUUCAGUCCAGCCAAGUCAGAAAACAUGUGAAAUACCAUCAUCCUACAGUGAAAAUUUAAUGACUGCAAUAAGGCAGCAGAUGGGGUAAAAUAAACAAACAAUAGUACAUUUUAAAAAAGUAAAAAAAAUUUCAUGAACAUUGAACACGCUACACAUCAAGGUGUGUAAUGGAAGCAUUCAUAUGCAAAAAAAAUAUUAAAAAACUUGGAGGAUAUGAGCUUGCAAAUGUGGUCUUGGGCUUUCACAACCCUAGAUGACUUUAUUUUGCUGAAAAUAUAACCAGGAUAUUUAUACUUUCACUAAGUGACCACCUAUUGGGUCAAGUACUGUGGCUACACAAUGGCAUAUGGUUAGUUCUCUUUAUGAUGUCCGGUAUGUAUUUAUUUAUUUAUUUAUUUAAUUAAUUAAAUUGUUUUAUUUGGCCACAACAAACCUACGUAUACCAUAUACCCCACAUUUGGUAUUUUCUUAUGCGUAGAAUUGCUCAGAUUAGACACAACAGCAUAUAUGAAAAUGAAAUUCAUAUUAAAAUGAUUUGUCUCCUGUUGCUGAUCUUUGUUAAAUUUGCUUUGAACACGUUUACCUCUAUCAUGUCCAUUGUGCCUUUGCUCUUUGUAUAUUAAAGUUAAUUAAAGGCUGUUUUUGUUUGUUA